ACACCACCCACUUGCUUCCCAUGGAUCAAUUGCAUUUCCAGUCCUGGAUACAUUGAACAUCAUGAAAUGUACAUUCAUCGUACUGGCUUUGGCCGUUUUGGCCAUUCAGUCUGAAGCUUUUGAGUGCGACUGUGGAUUUGGAGUAUUGAAACCCUCCUUGUUCAACUGCGAUGGUAAAACAACAUGUUGUACGAGUUAUCCAGGACCUUGCGCGUUAGGCUGUACUAAGACGUGCUGUAACACUUAUCCAAACACAUGCGGACUCUGCGGAUGCGGCAAAACCUGUUGUACUUCUUAUCCAGGCGUUUGCGGACUUUGCUGCGGUAAGACCACCUGCUGCACCAGUCUUCCCGGAGCUUACGGACUCUGCUGCGGAAAGACCUGCUUCGCCGGUCUGCCCGGAGUGUGCGGAUUUGGAUGCAACUGCGGCAAGACUUGCUGCACUUCCUUUCCCGCUUGUUCUCCCCUCGCGUGCGGUUGCUUCGACAACGGCUGCGGCUGCUGUGGUUGCGGAUUCCCCGUCGCUAAAACCACCACGUGCACCACUGUCCCUCAUAACGUCGGCAAGACCACGACUUGUACGACUAUGCCUCACCCUGUCAAGACGCUGUGCUGCGCCACUCUCCCCGCUGUGAACCCUUGCUGCGGUAAAACCACCACUUGCACCACCCUUCCCAACCCCUGUGAUACAUGUUUCCCUUGCUGCGGAAAGACUUGCUGCACUACCGUACCCAACGUAUGUUUGAAACAAUGUUCCUGCCCUCUCUUCAACUGCGGCAGUGGUCUUGUCUGCGGCAACGGAUGUGGAUGCGGAUGCAACGGAUGGUGUUAAUUUUAAAUAAAUUAUUUUUUUAUAA